UUUACCGGUGAGUCUUCCACAAUGUCUGGACGCGGCAAGCAGGGCGGCAAGGCACGCGCAAAGGCCAAGACUCGCUCUUCUCGAGCUGGUCUCCAGUUUCCCGUGGGCCGCGUACACCGCCUGCUCCGCAAGGGCAACUACGCCGAGCGGGUCGGGGCCGGCGCCCCUGUGUACCUGGCGGCGGUGCUGGAGUAUUUGACCGCCGAGAUCCUGGAGCUGGCGGGCAACGCGGCUCGCGACAACAAGAAGACUCGCAUCAUCCCGCGCCACCUCCAGCUGGCCAUCCGCAACGACGAAGAGCUCAACAAGCUAUUGGGCAAGGUUACCAUCGCUCAGGGCGGUGUCCUGCCUAACAUCCAGGCGGUGCUGCUGCCCAAGAAGACCGAGAGCCACCACAAAGCCAAGUAAAGGUGAAAUACGGACACAAAAACAAAGGCUCUUUUCAGAGCCACUUCUGUAGUCAUAAAAAAGGUGACACGAUCUGUUGCGUUCUCAGCAGUUUCACUAGCCAAUCUCUUCAUGUCCUCUUUGGUUUUCCAACUGACAUU